AUGACAUCCCCCUCUCCAGGACCAAGCAGCGCACCAGGGACAGCCACAUACAAACAUGCACUAACUCCCGUCGAAAAGCAGCGUUCGCAACUCGAACGACUGCUCAAGGAUCCUGCAAAACCAGCGUAUAUCCCACCGCCUCCCAAGGAGAAGACGAUCAGGCCGGCGAGGGAGAUGAUGAAGAACGUGCAGGGCUCUAGUGCUGGUGCUGGAAGUGGAGAGUUUCAUGUCUACAAAGCUGCCAGACGGAGAGAGUAUGAGCGGUUGAAGUUGUUGGAGGAAGAAGCUCAGAAGGAAGCUAUCGCGGCCGAAUUUGAGCGCAAACGGAAGGAAGCGGAAGAGGCUGCAAAUGCAAAGACCGCGAAGAACCGUGCAAAGAGGCAGAAGAAGAAGGAGAGGGCCAAGGGUGCUGCUAACAAGGAGAAGGAAGCGUCUGGAAGCGGUGACGAGGCCAAAGCCGUUGACGAUGGUUCGUCUGCGCCUUUGAAGAAACGACGAUUGGUGAAUGGGAAGGAGUUGGUGUUCAAGAGGCCUGGAGAGGAAAGCGGUAGUGAAGAUGAGGGAGAAGAGGUUGGCCCUCAAGCUCCACCACAACCGCAGGUGCAAGAACCUGAGCCAGCGCCGAUACCUAUUGUCGAAACGCCACGAAUUACGAUUAUUGAAGACGAUUGA